AUGUACCUCCUACUGGUGGUCUACAUGAUCAUAAUCUACCUAAUGCUGGUGGUCUACAUUAUCAUAAUUUACCUAAUACAGGUGGUCUACAUGAUCAUAAUCUACCUAAUGUUGGUGGUCUACAUUAUCAUAAUUUACCUCCUACUGGUGGUCUACAGUGGCAUAAUCUACCUAAUGCUGGUGGUCUACAUUAUCAUAAUCUACCUCAUACUGGUGGUCUACAUUGGCAUAAUCUACCUCCUACUGGUGGUCUACAUUGGCAUAAUUUACCUCAUAUUAAUUUUAAUGUACCUCAUACUGGUGGUCUACAAGAUGGUAAUCUACCUCAUACUGGUAGUUUAUAUUAUCAUUACAUGCCUAAUACUGGUGGUCUACAUGAUCAUAAUCUACCUUAUACUGGUGGUCUACAUGAUCAUAAUCUACCUCAUACUGGUUGUCUACAUGAUCAUAAUCUACCUCAUACUGGUGGUCCACAUGAUCAUGAUCUACCUCAUACUGGUGGUCUACAUUGUCAUCAUAUACCUAAUACUUGUGGUGUACAUGAUCAUGAUCUACCUCAUACUGGUGGUCCACAUGAUCAUAAUCUACCUUAUACUGGUGGUCCACAUGAUCAUGAUCUACCUCAUACUGGUGGUGUACAUUGUCAUCAUAUACCUAAUACUUGUGGUGUACAUUAUCAUAAUCUACCUCAUACUGGUUGUCUACAUGAUCAUAAUCUACCUUAUACUGGUUGUCUACAUGAUCAUAAUCUACCUUAUACUGGUGGUCUACAUGAUCAUAAUCUACCUUAUACUGGUGGUCCACAUGAUCAUGAUCUACCUCAUACUGGUGGUGUACAUUGUCAUCAUAUACCUAAUACUUGUGGUGUACAUUAUCAUAAUCUACCUCAUACUGGUGGUCCACAUGAUCAUAAUCUACCUUAUACUGGUGGUCCACAUGAUCAUAAUCUACCUUAUACUGGUGGUCUACAUGAUCAUAAUCUACCUCAUACUGGUUGUCUACAUGAUCAUAAUCUACCUCAUACUGGUUGUCUACAUGAUCAUAAUCUACCUCAUACUGGUGGUCCACAUGAUCAUGAUCUACCUCAUACUGGUGGUCUACAUUGUCAUCAUAUACCUAAUACUUGUGGUGUACAUGAUCAUGAUCUACCUCAUACUGGUGGUCCACAUGAUCAUAAUCUACCUUAUACUGGUGGUCCACAUGAUCAUAAUCUACCUUAUACUGGUGGUCCACAUGAUCAUAAUCUACCUUAUACUGGUGGUCCACAUGAUCAUAAUCAACCUUAUACUGGUGGUCCACAUGAUCAUAAUCUACCUUAUACUGGUGGUCCACAUGAUCAUGAUCUACCUCAUACUGGUGAUCUACAUUGUCAUCAUAUACCUAAUACUUGUGGUGUACAUGAUCAUGAUCUACCUCAUACUGGUGGUCUACAUGAUCAUAAUCUACCUAAUGCUGGUGGUCUACAUUAUCAUAAUUUACCUAAUACUGGUGGUCUACAUGAUCAUAAUCUACCUAAUGCUGGUGGUCUACAUUAUCAUAAUUUACCUCCUACUGGUGGUCUACAUUGGCAUAAUCUACCUAAUGCUGGUGGUCUACAUUAUCAUAAUCUACCUCAUACUGGUUGUCUACAUGAUCAUAAUCUACCUCAUACUGGUUGUCUACAUUAUCAUAAUCCACCUCAUACUGUUGGUCUACAUGGUCAUAAUCUACCUAAUACUGGUGGUCUAUAUGAUCAGAAUCUACCUCCUACUGGUGGUCUACGUUGGCAUAAUUUACCUUCUCCUGGUGGUCUACAUUGGCAUAAUCUACCUACUACUGGUGGUCUACAUUAUCAUAAUCUACCUUAUACUGGUGGUGUACAUGAUCAUGAUCUACCUCAUACUGGUGGUCCUAUUAUCAAAGUCUACCUCCUACUGGAGUUCUACACUGGCAUAA